GCCUGGGCCGGGAGGCCGACCUGCAGGGGGUUGAGCCGGCGCCCAGGGGCUGGCUCCCUCCGGGGAGAGCCUGGGCUGAUCUUCACCAGUCCCGGGGUCACGUCCCGGGAAGCGUGCAUUUGACCUCUCUUCUCAAAGGUCACCUCUGCGAGGACAAGAGGCGGCUCUCUAAGGGCCGUUUGGAGCCCCGUGCUCCUGACUUGGGAUGGAGGGAGAGAGACAGAGACAGAGAGAGACAGAGAGGAAGGAAGGACUACAGAAGUGACGAGUUUAUACAAAAUCAGGUGUACAAGCAAGUGCUCUGUGUUAGCUUCCAUUUUUAAAACGGGGUGAUGUGGCCCCUCCUUUGCCUCCCCGCAGACGUGGCUCGGGAGGUCGGGGCGCAGAGCGAGCGCAGCUCCCGGGGCGGAGGGCCGCCGGCGGGAGCGCGCCUCCGUCGAGCCGGGGAAGCUUUGAUAAGCAAAUAGUGCCCCGCGCGCGCUCGGGCGCUCCCUAUUGGCUGUGCCUUCACCGCCAGAUUUUGACACAAAUAAUCAGAUUGAAAAUCAAGGAGGGGAACAGAAGAGGAAAAAAAAAACCAGAGAGAGUGAGAGAGGGAAAGGGUUGGGGAAAAAAAAAGGAGAAGUAUCUUGGAGCGCAGAGUCCGAGGUUGACGGAGAGGAGCCGAUCCCCAGAGAGGCCGAGAGGGGUUCCCACCGCGACCCGACCCGACCCGACGCCCUCCCGGUGCGGGGCGCACGCCCACGAUGCCACGCUCCUUCCUGGUAAAGAGCAAGAAGGCUCACACCUACCACCAGCCCCGCAUCCAGGAAGAUGAACCGGUCUGGCCUCCUGCCUUUACCCCUGGGACCAGGGGCCAGGUCCUGAGCAACGAUCCUGUCCUCGGCACCCUGUUCCCAAGCCAGUGCCUGACCUGGACUGACCUCAAACGGGAGCCAGAGCUGGAGCUGGACCAGAGCCUGACCAGGACGGCCUUGGUGCCAGAGGGCCCUGCUGCGAUGCCCCGACCCCAGGACAGGGACUCCAACUCACCCCCGUUCUACAAGCCCAGCUUCUCCUGGGAUGCCCUGUCCUCAUCCUACGGCCACAGCUACCGGCAGGCCCCCUCCACCAUGCAGUCCGCCUUCCUGGAGCGCUCCGUCAGCCUGUACGGCAGCCCUCUGGUGCCCAGCACCGAGCCGCCCUUGGACUUCAGCCUCCGCUGCUCCCCGGGCAUGGACACCUACCACUGCGUCAAGUGCAACAAGGUGUUCUCCACCCCGCACGGGCUCGAGGUGCACGUCCGCCGCUCCCACAGCGGGACCCGGCCCUUCGCCUGUGACGUCUGCGGCAAAACCUUCGGCCACGCCGUGAGCCUGGAGCAGCACACGCACGUCCACUCCCAGGGGAUCCCGGCAGGGCCUGGUCCUGCGCCCAGCGUGGCAGUCCCGGGUCUCGAGGCCCCGCCUGCGCCUGACCCCCCGGGGCCUCGUUUCCUCCGGCAGGAGCGCAGCUUCGAGUGCCGGAUGUGCGGCAAAGCCUUCAAGCGCUCGUCCACCCUGUCCACGCACCUGCUCAUCCACUCGGACACGCGGCCCUACCCCUGCCAGUUCUGCGGCAAGCGCUUCCACCAGAAGUCGGACAUGAAGAAACACACCUACAUCCACACCGGUGAGAAGCCACACAAGUGCCAGGUGUGUGGAAAGGCCUUCAGCCAGAGCUCCAACCUCAUCACCCACAGCCGCAAGCACACCGGCUUCAAGCCCUUCAGCUGCGAGCUGUGCACCAAAGGGUUCCAGCGCAAGGUGGACCUGCGGCGGCACCGGGAAAGCCAGCACAGCCUCAAGUGAGGCCGCGCCGCCCCCGGCUCCGGGCCAGCCUGCCCCGAGGUCCCUCGGCCCAGAGGGAGGCCGGCCUUGCGCACCCAUGCCGCCCCCGCCAAGUCUCCGGGAGUUAGCACCGGAUGGGACUCUUUCGGCUUGUUUUGAGACUCACGAAAUUGCUGUGUGACCUCGAGCAAGUUGCUUCCCCUCUCUGGACUGACGUUUUCCUGCUGCGAAGGGUGGGAAGUGGGGCUGGAUCUUUUCUGAGCUGAAGCUGUCUAGAGCCCUAAGAGCUUGGGAGCCUUCCCUGAGGCAGAGCCCAGAGUGGGUGUAGCCCCUGCGGACGGAACUGCGAUCCGCAGGGAUAAUCCUCCCGCUGCCCAAUGCCCUCCGUGCUGUGAUUUAGUUUUUCGAGGGCCUCUUUCUGGCUGCCACGGAUGGCCAGAGCCACCCCUGCCCCGGCAGGAGACCCAGCACCCCUCUGCUUCUGGCAGAGGUGCUGGCUGUCCCCCACUUCUGACCGGCACUCGGCUGGCCACAGGGGGUCCAGUUCGGCUUCAGGGCCGUGGGGCUGGAGAAGCCGGCAGAGACCACCGCCAAAGCCUGUCCCCCUCAACAGCUGUAAAUCAAAAUAAAGACUCAGAUUUAUCAACAUUGGA